AUGGAUUUUGAAUUUCGAAGUUUAUGUUGCCAUAUCUCCAUAGCUGUGGCUCUUAUGUGCGCUAUGGAAAUGGCUGCGAUUGUAUUAACUUAUGUCACAAAUGUUGGACAUCCUUUAAUGGUUUGUCAUGCUUACAAUGUGAGCAUUGCUCAAGCAUUAUCCUCUGAGCCUCAUAUGACGGAGCAUCGUCUUUGUACAACUAAUGGUCCUUUACUUUUUUGGAUUAUGUUACAUCUAUUCACGGAUGCUGCAGCUUUGGUGGCAAUUCAAACGAUAAAGCAUCAAUUACUGAUUCCUUACUUGAUCACAACGGUCUUAGAUGUUUUAAUGUCAUCAGCAUACAUUUGCGUUCUCUUCUUCCAAAUCAUUCUCGGAGACAAAAUUGACACGGUUCUUCUUAUUUUCAUGGUUUUUAUACUUUUCUUCAAAUUUUACGAUCUGAUCUGUGGUCGACGACUCUACUGGUUCCUUCAAUGGCGUUUCGAUUCGAGAUUCACCCCUAGGUCGACAGUGAUCCGGGAUGAAGACCAUUUCCAAUUUUAG